AUGGUAACAGAUGUUGUUAAAAACACUGCUCCUCAAACAUCCAUUGCAAGAAAGAGGAGAAAGCUUAUUCUUAAAGCAAAGAGGGAUUAUCGACACCGUGUCAGAUCAAGCAACCUCACUUCCCAUUUAAAUCAUAAUUUUACAUCCUCUGUAACAUAUGAAACCACUAUUGAAACGGCUAUGGCUAGAAAGAGAAGGAAGAUAAUCUUGGAUAACAGAAAAAGAUUGAGAAAUUUGUUCAAUACUGAAGUUAGUAGGGUUCAAAAUACAAACAACAUUGUUAGUCAAAGUCAGAACAUGGAUCAUGCAUCUACUUCAAAUUAUAAUAUGUCAAGUCAGUCCAUGGAACACCCAUCUACCUCAAAUCAUAAUAUGUCUGUUGAAUCUCAUUAUCAAGACAAUGAUGACUCCAACUCUGACAAUAAUUUAAAUUCUUCUAAUAGUUCCGACUCUGACGAAGAUUCAGACCCGACACAAUUACAGGAGGCCCAUCUUCAAGAAUAUUACGAUAUUGGCGAUCAAAGUUAUGAAUGCGCACACUGCCAAGCAUGUAUGUGGUACCAAGAAAAAGUGAAUAGACACAAAAUUACAGCAACUCCUCGCUUUUAUCGUUGCUGCCAUGGAGGAAAAAUUGUUCUUCCGUUCCUUGAACAACCUCCACAGGUGUUGCAAGAUCUUCUAUUUAAUAAAACAUAUUCAGAUAGUAAAAACUACCAGGCUAACAUACGAACAUACAACGCAAUGUUCUCAUUCACUUCCCCUGGAAUGAAGUUCGACACAACAUACUCUAAAAGAGGAGGACCCCCUACUUUGAGACUGCAGGGUCAGACCUGUCAUCGAAUUGGUACACUACUGCCAGAAACAGGGCAACCUCCGCAAUAUGCUCAAUUAUACAUCUAUGACACGGACAAUGAAGUUGAACACAGAAUAAAAUGUUUCAAGGACAACAAAGGCAUCGAGCGACCGGUUGUCAAUAAGCUCAAGAUGAUGUUAGAUGAGCACAAUGUUCAUGCCAAAGCUUUUAGAAUGGCAAGGGAUGUUUUAAGGACAAAUUCUUUCACAGAUUUAAAACUCAGGCUUAUUUCUGAUAGAUCCGAAGAUGGCCGUGUUUACAACAAACCUACUGUCUCAGAAGUGGCUACACUCAUUGUGGGAGACAUUGAUUCUGCUGAUAAAAGGGACAUCUUAAUUCAGCGCCGCAAUGGUGGUUUGCAACGAAUAGAUGAGUUUCACCCAGCAUAUUUGGCUUAUCAGUAUCCUCUUAUAUUUCCUUAUGGCGAAGAUGGUUACAGGAAAAAUAUAAUGCACAGAUAUCGCCAUGAAACUGAGGUCACUAGGAGAAACCGUCAAAGCAUUAAGGAUUGGUUUUCUUACCGGUUAAAACAACGUCGCAAAGAGGCAAAAACACUACUUUACUCAAGACGCCUAUUUCAACAAUUCUUAGUCGACGGCUAUGCUAUGAUGGAAUCCGAACGACUGAAUUGGUUGAGAGAUAAUCGAUCGAAAUUAAGAGUGGGCAAAUAUAAUAAUUUGAGCGCUCAAACUGAUGGCGAUACAAGAAAUGAACACCAAAAGCGAGGAAAACGAGUUGUUCUGCCAUCAACAUUUGUUGGUAGCAAAAGAUAUAUGGAUCAACUAUAUUUUGACGGUAUGGCCAUUUCAAGUCAAUUGGGAUUCCCUGAUUUAUUUGUUACUUCUACCUGCAACCCAAAUUGGCCUGAAAUUAAAAGAGCAUUGUCAGGCACAGGUCUACAACCCCAUGAUAGGCCAGAUAUCAUUUCAAAAGUUUUCAAAAUAAAGUUUGAUACCCUCAUGGAUGAUAUUACAAAACACCAUGUCGUUGGAAAAGUGAUUGCAUAUAUGUACACCAUUGAAUUCCAAAAGCGGGGAUUGUCACAUGCUCACAUUUUGAUAUUCCUACACCCUCAGAGCAAAUACCCAACACCAUCUGACAUAGACAAGAUCAUUUCUGCUGAAAUUCCCGACCCGACUGUUCAUCCCAAUUUAUACAAAUUGGUUAAGGCACAUAUGAUGCAUGGACCCUGUGGCCUUGCGCGCGUGACCUCACAAUGUAUGAAGAAUGGACGAUGUUCUAAAUACUAUCCCAAAAAGUUUAUUGAACACACUAUUGUUGAUGCAGAGGGAUAUCCACUGUAUAGGAGAAGAUCAAAAACCUUCACUAUUGAAAAAAAUGGCUAUGACAGAAUAACAGCAGCAGUUUCAACAAAUAGCAAUCAACCUGUUGAUGAAAUCCAACAAUAUCUCAACUGCAGAAAACCAGCUGUGGAACGUAUGUUCUAUCAUUUGGUUGAGGAGAAACCUAUAUACUAUACAGAUUAUGCACGCAUGGAAAAUGUGCUGGAAACUGCAAGUGUGACUGAAUCAAUGUUUACUGCAUGGUUGGUGGCAAAUGCUAAAUAUGAAGAGGCACAAACGUUAACUUAUGGUCAAUUUGUCUCAAAGUUUGUUUAUCACAAAAAACAGAGAGAAUGGAAACCGCAGAAAAAAGGCUUCACCAUUGGACGUCUCAUAUGGGUUCUGCCAACAACUGGUGAACUGUUUUACCUGCGCAUGAUGUUGACGGUGGCAAAAGGACCAACAACAUAUGAGGAAAUCAGGACCGUGGAUAACAUUCAGUAUGAUACAUUCAGAGAUGCAUGCUUUGCAAUGGGAUUUCUUGAAGACGACAAAGAAUACAUAGCUGCUAUAAAGGAGGCAAGUCAUUGGGGGACUGGUCAUUUUCUUCGAAAACUGUUUGUUAUCAUGCUUUUGUCUGGUGCUGUUAAUCGCCCUGCACAUGUUUGGGAACAAACUUGGCUCCUAUUAUCUGAUGGUGUCUUACAUACACAAAGAGCAUUGGCUGCAAAUCCAGAAUUGGUCCUCACACGAGAAGAGUUACAAAAUUUGACUUUAAUAGAAAUUGAGAAACUGCUUCAAGCAAAUAGAAGGACACUAAAGGAUUUUAGUCCUAUUCCAUAUCCGGAUGCUUAUGUUCUUGAACAGUUGGGAAACAGGCUCAUAUAUGAUGAGCGUAACUAUGAUACAGCGUCAAUGAACUCAGAAUUAGAAAAUCUGUUUGCUGCUCUUACAGGUGAGCAAAGAGGUAUUUAUGAAAAAAUCAUCCACGCUGUGGAGUCUCAGAAACAUGCCAUUUUCUUCCUUCAUGGUUAUGGUGGUACCGGAAAAACAUAUAUGUGGAGAACACUCGCAGCCGCUUUAAGAUCAAAACACGAUAUAUGUUUAACUGUUGCAACUAGCGGUAUAGCAUCAUUGUUACUUCCAGGAGGUAGAACUGCACAUUCAAAGUUCAGGAUACCAGUACCAACUAUGGACAAUUCUACUUGCAAGUUUGAAUUCAACGAUGAUGUUGCAGACAUGUUACGACAGACAAAGCUUAUAAUAUGGGAUGAGGCACCAAUGGCGCAUAAGUAUGCAAUAGAAUCGCUUGACAGAACUUUGAAAGAUGUUAUGAGUGCAGACAAAAAUUCAACUGAUGUAUUCGGUGGAAAGGUUGUUGAUUUCGGGGGCAAUUUCAGACAGAUUUUACCUGUCGUCCCCAGAGGCAGUUGUUCCGAUAUUGCACACUGUGCCAUAAAUGCAUCUUACAUAUGGCAUUCAGUUGAGGUAUUAACAUUGACAAGAAACAUGCGGCUACAAACAGGAUCAACACAGACUGACAAAAAUGAGAUAACACAGUUUUUAGAUUGGCUUUUAAGAAUAGCAGAGGGCCAAAUAUCUGAGCCUAAUGACGGCACAGCCGAAAUUAACAUACCACCUGAUAUUCUGAUAAUAGAAUUCGAUGAUCCAAUUGUGGCCAUUGUCAAUACCACAUACCCUGAUUUCAUAAAUAAUUUCCAAUGUGUUGAUUACCUUAAAAGUCGAGCGAUACUUGCCUCUACACUGGAGAUUAUUGAUCAGAUCAAUGACCAUAUACUUAACUUGAUGCUAGUCAACAAUGGAGAGAUUCGUGACUACUACAAUGCAAAUUCAGUUGACAAGUCUGAGAUUCAUGACCCAACAGUAGUUGAUAUCCUCACGCCAGAAUUUCUAAGUUCCCUCCGAACAUCAGGUUUGCCAAACCAUCACUUAAAACUAAAGGUUGGGACACCUAUAAUGCUCAUGAGAAAUAUAGAUCAAUCUGAAGGUUUGUGUAACGGCACAAGGCUGUGUAUAACAAAGAUGGCAGCCCAUGUACUCGAGGCUUCAAUAAUGGGUGGUAAAGGGACAGUCAUUGGAUAA